UUGAGCUGAUGGCAUAAGGGGAGCUGAUAGCACAAAGGUCUGAUGAUGGCACUGGGGGUCUGAUGACCAGCACCAGCUCCAGAUGUUUGCAGGUCUUUGGGAAAUGUGAAACGUAGGGCACUUUUUUUGGUUCGUUUUUUUGCUACUGGUGGUUUUGUUGUUUAGGUGACGUUUUUUGUCUUUCUUGCUUCUUUUCAAAAACUCAGCAUCCUGGAGCUCUUUCUGUUUUCUUGCCACUUUUUGUAUAAGGGAAAACCGCCAUUAAAAAAAUGCUUCUGGUCAGACGCACUGGGGGAAAUUUAUCAGAGUUGGUGUAAAGUCUUAGUUGUCCACAGCAACCAAUCAGGGUCCAUCUUUCAUUUUCUAAAGGCGUUCUGAUAUUACACCAGUUUUGAUAAAUCUCCCCUACUGUGCCAAAAGAAGCCACCCAAAAAAACAAAUGCCUGUGGUUAUUUUGGUAAUUUUAGUGGUAGAAAAACACCAGAUAGUGGUUAAAAAAAAUAAAAAAUACACAGACUAAGUGACGUCUUUUGAAGCCAGAAUUGCAUCCCAAGAAGUUGCCUCAUUGGGGGCUGUGCUGCUGUUCGUGUGGCUGGUGGUUUAGGGUCCGCAAAUACGGUCCGCAAAAAAAGCAGAACGGACACUGAAAGAAAAUACGUUCGUGUGCAUGAGCCCUUAGUCUCAGAUUCACCUCCUGUCCCAUCAGGUGCUCAGUUUGCUGCUCUGUUCCUCCUCCAUGCUCUGCACUGCAGCUCUGCUUGUUUAGAUUGCUAGGUAAACAGCCCAUUUGCACAUGGUUAUGUAACCUUUACUUAAAAGUUCUGUUCACGUUUUCUUCAUAGUUUCCAUUAAUACAGGAGACAUGAUGAAUCCUGACAGAUCCUGAUGGCUUAUACUGGAUCCAUCGGGUUUCCGUUUUCUUACUGAGAAGAACGGCACAGUGUCCCUGCCUGUCAAAGAUGAGAAUAAGAACUCAAGCAGGAACAGAGCUUCAUGCAGGCUGGGUUCACAUCCACAUUGCCUGUUCCAGUUUUCUAUUCUGUCAAAGGAGCGGAAAACCAAAAAUGACGGAGUGCUGGAUCCGUCACCAGCAACGGCGCCUUACUGAGACCAUUAACUUAUAAUGGGCUCCAUCAGCUUAUAGUCCUACAUGUCUACGCUGGCCACUUGUGUCUUGUAUUCUUCAUGCUGUCCUCUUCCUCUCAUUUGCCCCUUCUCUCUUCCUGCAGGAACACCCAAUGAAACAUCGUCGCCUGGUCAGAAUGGCAGGAGUAGUUGAUACGAGUAUAUUUAGUGGUGAUCAUUGACCUGUCACGGCGCUGCGCAUUUACUUUAUUUCUAACCUCUUUCUUAUUUGUCUGCAGGUUGCCAUAUUUUAAAAUGGAGAAUGAGCGCAUGAUAAUCUGCCCUUUGUCCGCCGUCUAGAGGGUUCCUCCUUUUAAUUCUUCUCGCUACUUUUAUAUCCUAUGCAAUGUCAAACAAGAAGGAGCCUCCUUUUUUUAACGAAGAUAACCUUGGAUCCUUCCAUUACAAGCUUCCUUUUUAUGAGACCAUGGAGCUCUUCAUUGAAACUCUUACAGGGACUUGCUUUGAACUUCGGGUGUCGCCCUUUGAAACCGUUGUCUGUGUAAAAGCCAAAAUUCAGAGGCUCGAAGGCAUUCCCAUUGCACAACAACAUUUGAUUUGGAAUAACAAGGAACUAGAGGACGAGUGUAGCCUGAACGACUAUAAUAUCUCUGAAGGUUGCACUCUGAAGCUGGUGCUGGCUAUGAGAGGAGGUCCAAUUAACACUCGUAGAGUGCCAUUGGAUGACCCGGUCAGAGACCUAGCGGAGUACAUGGACCCAGUACGAGACGAGAUGUGGGAAAAGGCCGCCACUAAUAAGCAGGUUACAUUUUUGGUAUACCGUGAAGGAGAUCAACUGAAUUUCUUCCGAGUAGUUGACCGAGGAGAUGGUACCUUGACUCCAUUAUCGGAAUCUCUCAGUGGAGGUUCGGUCUAUAACUUCUACGCAGACGAUGAGGAUGGAUAUGAGGCUUCUCCAUCUGGCCAACAGAUUAUAGAAAAUUCAAUCACUAUGAACAAAAUGAAGUUGUUGAAAUCAAAGAUGGAGAGCAUGAACCUCAAUAAAAAGCCGAAGAAGUCCUCUAAGUUGAAACCCCGGCCUCCUAAUGCCCCACGGCCUACAAGUGGCUCAAUGCAUUUUGCCCGUCACAGACUUCUCAGAGUUCUCCCCCACAUUGGACAAACGUUUCUACCUCCCGGGAACCCGUACGUGUCCGAGUCUUCCCACAAUGCACUUUCUAACCUUACUGCUGCUACUAGAACAAUACCUUCUAUCACUAGUGACUUUCUCAAAGAAGAAGAGGAGACCUGGGAAAGCUCAGCAUUAAUUCCAUCACUCACUAAUAUUAAUUUACCUCCCAAGGUUUCACGCGUGGAACUUGAAAAUGCGAGUCAAUCAACAAAUACAGUCCUCUCCCCUGUUACUCCUUUGCCCAAGAAAGAUGGGCUGACAAAAGACAGUGACUCCCUCUUACAUCAAAACCUAAACCUUUUCUCUUCGGAAGAUACGUCUAGAUCAAUUUCAGAAUCCUUUGCGUUGUUGGCUGAGGCAGGUACUUCUGAGCAGUAUGGAGAACUGUGUAGCUUGAGAAAAAUUAAGUCUGAUUUUGAAUUGACAGAAGUCAACGACGAAGCCUCCGCCGUCGAAACGCAUCAGACGGCACUCUCCAAAUCGCUGAACGCUGAACUGAUGGAGACCUCUCUUAUCAAUACUGCUGAAAUAAGUCCACCGAGAAGCAAGUUUCUGUCACCCAUCCACUUUUCUCCACAGUUGAACAAUGCCACUUUUUCUAAGACGUGUCAGCCUAAAUGUUUCGAUUUGGGAAGCCUGAGACCACCUGCUUCUCACAGUCAUUUCCAUUCCCUGCAACUCCGAAACAUGGCUGAUCCUGCAUUUUCUAGGACUACUAGAUUCAGAGGAGUGAAAGUGGAAUCUCCAGGAAAGCGAUCAGAUGUGAUUACCAAAAUGGAGGCUAGAGACAUGACAGAGUUGGUUAAUAAAGCAUCGAAAGAACCCAUGGGGUCACUUAAUAACUUAGGUUUUUUUGCUUCGCUGGCUCGAAGCGCAAGUAGAGACAACUUAAACAGCUCCAGCAAUCCCGGGAGACUACGAAAUCUUGUUGCUCCACCAACCACUCUCCAGGAAGAGAAAAUUUCUUUACACGACAGUUUGAACGUCUUUAACGCACCUCAUGGACUUGGACAAAGUGUGAUUAAUGCCAGCUGCGGAAAAAGCACAGUUGAAGCCACACAUCUCUUUCCUCCUGUUAAGUCUGCUAUUCGGAGUAAGAAGAAGGCAUCCAAGCACUGCUUUCUCUGUGGGAAGAAAACUGGCUUGGCAACUAGCUAUGAAUGCAGGUGUGGGAACAAUUUUUGUGCCACCCACCGUUACGCAGAAACUCACAGUUGUACCUUUGACUACAAAACAGCGGGUAGGAGGUAUCUGCAAGAAAGCAACCCAGUCAUAACUGCGCCAAAACUCCCCAAGAUCUAACUGUUCACGCUGUAUAUGCCAUCACACCAAGAAACGUUCUCUUCUAAUCAUGCCUUUAUUAUUUUUGCCUCUUCUCCGAGGUAAACAUUUGCCAAGUUCCAAGCAUCCAUUCCGAUUCAUUAAAUGAUGUGAAAAGUUGAUAAAAAAGGAAAAAAAAAAACAUCUCUCCUCCUCCUUUGCGUUUUGUGUUAAGUUUUAGAUUGGCAAACAAUGCUGUUUCACUAGACAAAUCUUAAAGAAGAUGCACUUUACUGAAAAAAUAUUUACUGUAUAAGUGGGGGAUACAAUGAUGGAAUGAGUCUUGUAUUCAUCUGUUUGUGUUGUCUGUUUUUAUUCUUGUCUGUUUUUGUAUGGUUAAAUUAUUUCCUCAAUAUGCAAAACUGUAUGGGAACGGGAUACGCUCCUUCAAGGGAACCUCUACCAAACAAAACCUUUGGUAGAGGUUUCCUGCUUUUGUACUGGAUUCCAUCCAGAUCCUGUGUGGAGCCGUAUUGCAGCCAUCUGAAUGCAGCCUUAAAGGGAUAUGCCAGGAUUUUACUAUUGUUAGGCAAUCGGACGGUAUCUGGUCAGCGUGGAUCAGACACCCUGCAUCCCCUCUGAUUGGCUCCGGCGACAGAACUACACCGCUCCAUCCAUUGCUCCCAUUCACUUCAAUGGUUGCAGUGCUUACAUAGUGGUUAGAGCUGUGUCGUUCCGGAGCUAUUGCAGGACAGCUAAUCGGCAUGGCGUGUUGAUAAGAUUGAUGAAUAAUAAAAUCCUGAACAACAACUUAAAUUGGCUUGUAUCUGUUAGUCUGAGCAUUAAAUAGCUAAUAUCAGCCACACUUUUGGGUUUGCAAUGAAGUGUUUCCUGUUACAAUGCCUCCAAAUUAGGCGUUUUUAUUCUUUUGUAAUCGUUCCUUUUUAAACUUCAGGGUUUUUUCCUUCAGAAAUUCAGAUUGCUGUCAUAAAAAAUUAAAUAAAUAUUGUCUUUUAA